GCUGAAUCAGGAAUAAUAAAAGUAAAAACAAUAGCUGCACGGAACAGUGAUAUUUUGGCAGCAUUGAAAGAGAACAGCUCAGAGGUAGUUCAGCCUUUUCUAAUGGGUUGUGGAACAAAGGAACCAAAGAUCACUCAGCUGUGUCUAGCAGCCAUACAGAGGCUCAUGUCCCAUGAAGUUGUUUCAGAGGCUGCAGCAGGAAACAUUAUUAAUAUGCUUUGGCAACUGAUGGAAAAUAGUCUUGAAGAACUUAAAUUGCUUCAGACAGUUCUGGUACUUCUAACAACCAAUACAGUUGUGCAUGAUGAAGCACUGUCCAAGGCAAUUGUACUUUGUUUUCGAUUGCACUUCACAAAAGAUAAUAUCACAAAUAACACUGCAGCAGCUACAGUGCGGCAAGUAGUUACUGUUGUAUUUGAGAGAGUGGUUGCUGAAGAUGAACGAUACAAAGAUACUAUUGACCAGCCAGUUGCAGUUCAAGGAAAUAGUAACAGAAGAUCUGUCAGUACACUGAAGCCAUGUGCUAAAGAUGCAUAUAUGCUUUUUCAGGAUCUUUGUCAGUUAGUUAAUGCUGAUGCUCCCUACUGGCUUGUGGGUAUGACAGAAAUGACCCGGACAUUUGGCCUUGAACUUCUUGAGUCAGUCCUCAAUGACUUUCCACAAGUGUUUUUACAACAUCAGGAAUUCAGUUUUCUUCUUAAAGAAAGGGUAUGCCCUCUUGUUAUAAAGCUCUUCUCCCCAAAUAUCAAAUUCAGGCAAGGUUCCAGCACAUCAUCUUCCCCAGCACCGGUGGAAAAACCAUACUUCCCCAUCUGUAUGCGUCUGCUGAGAGUAGUUUCUGUUUUGAUUAAGCAGUUUUACAGUUUGCUGGUGACAGAAUGUGAAAUCUUUCUGUCAUUGCUGGUCAAGUUUCUGGAUGCAGACAAACCACAAUGGCUAAGAGCUGUUGCAGUAGAAUCUAUUCACAGGCUUUGUGUGCAGCCUCAGCUAUUAAGGUCAUUUUGUCAGUCAUAUGAUAUGAAGCAACAUUCCACUAAAGUUUUCCGUGAUAUUGUGAAUGCACUGGGGUCCUUCAUCCAGUCACUAUUUCUUGUACCAAGCACAGGGAACACAUCAGCAACACCAAGCCAAACUGGAAGCAAUGCAUCGGGGAAUACUGGCUCAGCACAAACGAACCCAGGAGUGCUUGGAAUGGGAGGAGGUGCAACUGUAUUACCUGCCUUUGAGUACAGAGGCACUUGGAUACCUAUCCUGAAUGUAACAGUACAAGGCAGUGCUAAAGCUACCUAUUUGGAAAUGCUGGACAAAGUAGAGCCACCUACGAUUCCUGAAGGCUAUGCCAUGUCCGUGGCGUUUCACUGUUUACUGGAUCUUGUCCGUGGUAUCACUACCAUGAUUGAAGGGGAGCUGGGAGAGGCAGAAACAGUCAGUCAAACCACAGCAGAGACAACUUCAUUACCAGCACAGUCUUCAGAGCAUCAAGACUUGCAGUCUAUAUCUGACCAAUCAGAGCAGGAACAAGUUAGCAGAGCUGUCUGGGAAGAAAUGGUGAAUGCUUGUUGGUGUGGUCUUCUGGCUGCUUUAUCCCUCCUACUUGAUGCAAGCACUGAUGAAGCUGCCACUGAAAAUAUUCUAAAAGCAGAAUUGACCAUGGCUGCACUUUGUGGAAGACUGGGUCUUGUAACAUCAAGGGAUGCCUUUAUCACUGCCAUUUGCAAAGGAUCCUUACCUCCUCACUAUGCCCUUACUGUAUUAAACAGCACAACUGCAGCUCUGUCCAGCAAAUCAUAUUCCAUUCAGGGACAGAAUGUUCAAAUGAUCAGUCCCUCAAGCGAGUCUCAUCAGCAAGUUGUAGCAGUAGGGCAACCCUUAGCUCUUCAGCCACAGGGAACAGUAAUGCUGACUUCAAAAAAUAUCCAGUGUAUGAGGACAUUACUCAACUUAGCUCACUGCCAUGGAGCUGUUCUUGGUACAUCGUGGCAACUUGUCCUGGCUACUCUUCAGCAUCUUGUAUGGAUUCUGGGACUGAAGCCUGGUGUUGGGGGUGCAUUAAAGCCUGGAAGAGCUGUAGAAGGGCCCAGCACAGUUCUGACUACAGCAGUUAUGACAGAUCUGCCAGUUAUAUCCAACAUACUUUCAAGGCUUUUUGAAAGCUCACAGUACCUUGAUGAUGUGUCUUUACAUCACUUAAUAAAUGCCCUUUGCUCCUUGUCUCUGGAAGCCAUGGAUAUGGCCUAUGGAAACAAUAAGGAACCAUCGCUUUUUGCUGUUGCUAAAUUACUGGAAACAGGACUAGUUAACAUGCACAGGAUUGAGAUUCUUUGGAGACCUCUUACCGGUCAUCUGCUGGAGGUCUGUCAGCAUCCAAACUCCAGAAUGAGAGAAUGGGGAGCAGAAGCUUUAACUUCUCUCAUUAAAGCAGGACUGACAUUCAGCCAUGAUCCUCCAUUAUCUCAAAAUCAGAGACUGCAGUUGCUUUUAUUGAAUCCACUAAAGGAAUUGUCAAGCAUAAGUCAUCCUGAUAUCAGGAUCAAACAGUUGGAGUGUGUGCUACAGAUUUUGCAAAGUCAGGGUGACAGCUUAGGACCUGGUUGGCCAUUGGUGCUUGGAGUCAUGGGAGCAAUCCGAAGUGAUCAGGGAGAGUCCUUAAUACGGACUGCAUUCCAGUGUCUUCAGUUGGUUGUGACAGACUUUCUUCCAACAAUGCCAUGUACUUGUCUACAGAUAGUUGUUGAAGUUGCAGGAAGCUUUGGACUUCACAAUCAAGAGCUAAAUAUUAGCUUAACUUCCAUUGGUUUGUUGUGGAAUAUUUCAGAUUAUUUUUUCCAAAGAGGUGAAAUAAUUGAGAAGGAGCUUAACAAAGAAGAAGCAGUGUUGCAGAAACAGGCAGAAGAAAAGGGGGUGAUGCUGAAUAGACCUUUUCAUCCUGCACCACCAUUUGACUGUCUUUGGUUAUGCCUAUAUGCCAAACUUGGAGAACUGUGUGUGGAUCCCCGACCUGCAGUUAGAAAGAGUGCUGGGCAGACAUUGUUUUCUACUAUUGGUGCUCAUGGAACUUUAUUGCAACAUUCAACGUGGCACACAGUAAUAUGGAAGGUUUUAUUUCACCUGUUGGAUAGGGUUCGAGAAUCUUCUACCACAGCUGACAAAGAGAAGAUUGAAUCAGGGGGAGGCAACAUUCUCAUCCAUCAUUCAAGGGAUACAGCUGAGAAACAGUGGGCUGAGACGUGGGUAUUAACACUGGCUGGAGUUGCAAGAAUAUUUAACACCAGGAGAUACUUACUGCAGCCUUUAGGAGACUUUUCCCAAGCCUGGGACGUUCUUCUUGAUCACAUCCAAUCAGCAGCACUCAGCAAAAAUAAUGAAGUUUCCUUGGCUGCUCUGAAAAGCUUCCAGGAGAUCUUACAAAUUGUUUCUCCUGUCCGAGACUCAGAGAAGCCUGACACACCACCUGCUAUCAAUGUUUCUGUACCUGUGGUGGUAGGGACAACAACUGCCACUAGUCUUGGCAGAUCAUUCAUGAGAACUGACUCCAUAGGAGAAAGAAUAGGAAGAUACAAUGGAUCUGAACCACCUGUAAUAACAGAUGAGAUUGAAGAUUUGAAUCUUUGGUGGGCAGCCUGGAGCAGCUGGUAUAGGAUUGGUUCAGAAAGUACAAGGCCUCCAAUUACUUGUGAUAAAUUGACUUUCAUUCCCAGCCAGCCUUUUCUUACAGCUUUAAUUCAAAUAUUCCCGGCUCUUUACCAACACAUCAAAACUGGUUUCAGCAUGGAUGAUCUCCAAAAGCUGGGUGUCAUUUUGCACGGUGCUGUUUCGGUUCCAAUCAGUUCUGAUGCGUCCCCUUUCAUCCUCCCAUCUUACACUGAAGCAGUUUUGACAAGUUUGCAGGAAGCAGUGCUUACAGCUUUAGAUGUUUUGCAAAAGGCUAUAUGUGUGGGCUCAGAAAGUAUGCAGAUAAUGUAUCCUGCAAUCUUCGACCAGCUGUUGGCCUUUGUAGAAUUUUCCUGCAAGCCUCCACAGUAUGGACAGCUGGAAACAAAGCACAUUGCAAAUGCAAAGUAUAAUCAGGCGGAAUGGGUAGCAUUGAAUUAUGUACCAUUUGCUGAGAGAUCACUGGAAGUUGUCGUGGACUUAUACCAAAAGACAGCUUGCCACAAAGCCGUGGUAACAGAGAAAGUUCUUCAGAACAUUAUUAAGACACUAAGAAUACCUCUUAGUCUGAAAUAUUCCUGUCCUUCUGAAAGCACAUGGAAGCUAGCUGUUUCCUCUCUGCUCAAAGUUCUCUCUAUCGGGCUACCUGUUGCAAGGCAGCAUGCAUCUUCUGGAAAAUUUGACAGCAUGUGGCCAGAGCUAGCAAAUACUUUUGAAGACUUUUUAUUCACUAAAAGUACACCUCCUGAUAAUCUCUCAAUUCAAGAAUUUCAGAAGAAUGAGAGUAUUGAUGUUGAGGUGGUGCAGCUUAUCAGCACAGAGAUACUGCCAUAUGCUAAUUUUAUUCCUAAGGAAUUUGUUGGUCAAAUAAUGACUAUGCUCAAUAAAGGCUCCAUACAUUCUCAGUCAUCCUCCUUUACAGAAGCCGAAAUAGAUAUUCGAAUGAGAGAGGAAUUUUCUAAGGUGUGUUUUGAAACACUGCUUCAGUUUUCGUUCAGUAAUAAAGUCACAACUCCUCAGGAAGGCUACAUCUCUAGAAUGGCACUUUCUGUGCUCUUGAAAAGGUCACAGGAUGUACUGCAUCGCUACAUAGAAGAUGAGAGAUUGAGUGGCAAAUGUCCUCUUCCACGGCAACAAGUAACAGAAAUCAUAUUUGUUUUAAAAGCUGUCAGUACCCUCAUAGAUUCACUUAAAAAAACUCAACCUGAAAAUGUCGAUGCUAACACAUGGGCACAAGUUAUCGCCUUGUACCCGACUUUAGUAGAAUGUAUCACCUGCUCAUCCUCGGAAGUGUGCUCUGCUCUGAAAGAGGCACUGGUUCCCUUUAAGGACUUCAUGCAUCCACCAGCAUCCAAGGUACAGAAUGGAGAGUCUUGACCCCAUAAAACUUCUUUUUUUUUUAUUUUUGAAGGCAAAAAAGUAUCCAAAAAAUGUUUGUUCCCAGGUGAAGUUUCUCUGAGGAAGUCUCUUGUGACUAGUACUUUGGCAACCAGUGCUGACUGCCUUUUAACUGUACUAACAAGAGCUCAGUAAUUCAUGAAUACAGGCUAUAUCUCAAAGGUUCCAGAGCGAGUAGCAGUGCAAACCUUUAAUAAAUUUAACUGAAUAGUUGGAAUCAUUUAUAAUCUAAUGUACUUGCUACAGUAUCUUGAAGUGGUGAUUGAAAAGUGGGCUUAUGUACAGCUUGUUGUGUAUGUGUUAAUGAUGUAAUUAAAAAUAUUUCAAUUCAGUCAGAUUUAUUAGGCUGGUGUUUUGCACCCUUUUUUUGAAGUACGAAUUGUACUAAAAUUUUAUGCAAGAUGGUACUGUAACAUUCCAUAUAUCUGUAACCAGCCUUUGUAAACAAAGGGAACUGAUAUACUUGUGUGUAUAAUAAAUGGUACAGUUCUGUAUAAAAUAGUUGCAUUUAUUAUUUAAAUUCUUUUUAAAAUAUUGAUAAUGUUAAAUGCUCGAAAAUGUAUUUAUUAUGAAUAAGUUGUAUGCUUGCAUUUUUACUUACAGUUUGCCUUCUAAAUUGCCAGAUAUGCUCAUUCAUAUCUGAUCAUGUUGUUAGUUUUUGCUUAAUUGAAUGUAUCUUCUCUGUGGCCAUUGGACAUCUAAGAAAGGGUCAUAUGACAAAAGAUUGCGGCAAGCAGUCAGUAAUCUGCUGAUCUCAAACUUCAAAGUAGUUGACCUGAAAUAAGUUUGGAUAUGCAGAAAUCCACUGUAGCACUUCAACACUACCAUACCUCACUUCAUAAUAUAUUUGUUCUGAGAUGUUUGUUCUACUCAACUCUAUCCAUUUUUGUAGUUGCAGCCUUGCUUUAAAAAAAAUACAUAUUUGAGAGAUGUUAGCCUUUUUUGACCUUCUUGGCAGGUAUCACAGUCUUUGAAUCAUGACCCAAGAAAGGUGAUAUCGAAUAUCUGAAAUACUUGGCUGUAAUAUUUUGUUCAAUAAUUUUAAGUGCUUUGUUUUGUACUGUCUUUUCAACCCAAAAAAAUUGUUCUAAUCUUUUAAUUAUAAACUGUGUCUGAUAUAAAACCAUGAGAAGUGUAUUUUUGAAGGUAGUUACUCAUAUAGAAGUGCAGUACAAUUUGUCAUUGAGUAAAUGUGAAUUUGUUUCACGUAAUACACAAUCAAAGCAAAACACUUUUAACAGUAUUGUUUUUAAAGUUUGUGACUUAGCACUUAAACUCCUAUUUAAUUAUGAUUUCAAUAAUGUUUCACCUGUAUUCACAUAUUUUUAACCUGUGAUGUGAAAGCACAAAGGCCAAAUGUACAAAACAAAAAACAAAAAAGAAGAGACAGGUGCCUUUCUAUGGAUUUCAGAAUUUCAGAGUUUACCUUCAGGUUUUUGUUCCUUAAAGUCUUUUGUAGAUAUUAAAAGAGAUUAUCAUGCAUAAGAAACGGUAUUAUAUCUGUUUGCUUUACACUUCCCUGGCUAAAGGGACAUUGAUUGGUACAUGUGAAUAGAUGCAGAAGUUGCAGGAGCUUCAAGCUGAAGGUGUGAUGAACUGGUCAGGGUUAGAAAUACCCUGCGUGAAUAAUGUUAUACAAGCCCAGCUUUGUACAGCUUGCUCCCAUAAGGCUCCAGUUUAUGGUCAUAGAAUCAUAGAAUCGUUUAGGUUGGAAAAGACCUUUAAGAUCAUCAAGUCCAACUGUUAACCUAACUCUGCCAUCCCACCACUAAACCAUGUCCCUAGGUCCUUUUGAAAAGCUUUCUGUUUCAAAGUACAGUAGAUAUUAAAGAGGUUUCGAGAGCUUGCACAUUUCUCUGUGACCAAAGUUGCAUGGAACUUAAGUUGUCAAGCGUGGAUAGUUUUUAGAGAACACAGAGUUUACAUUAAGGAAACAAAUGCUUCCAAUUAACAGAAUUUAUGUCAACAUAGCUUCUUUGGAGGAGCCGUUCCAGUAUAAUACAGAACUGGGUCCCACAUACAGAUAACAACAUUGUCCAUACUCUGAAAGUGAUAACCUGGCAACUGCUUCCCUAAUUAGUGGAAGAUAAGUCAAGGUCUACGAGGUCAUUAAAGAAACAAAGUGUAGGACAGGAAAGAAGGGUAUUAAUUUGGUUUAGAAUAUAUUAUCUUAGCCAGAAUUUCUGGAAAGAGGCGUGCAGACAAAACUGUGGGUGAGUUUGUUUCUAUUUAGUUUCUAAUUGGUUUUUCAGUGAUAACACAGAUGCAUUCUGUCCAAUGAAGCACAUCUUCAGCUUCAUCUGUAUUUUAAAAAGGGGCUGGAUAAGUCUUUCCUGACUCUAGAGCUUAGUACUUUACCAUCUGUGGACAUGAAUCUUCAAAAGGCUUGGAAAUAAACUACCAAUGAUCUAACUUUCCUUCCUUUCCUCUUAAUUACAAAAUGAAUAAUAUCUGUGCUAUUUGAGGGAAGUUUUGGACACGCAAGCUGAGGCUGACCCUAUUCAAACUGCUUUCUUGUAUAUAGUUUGAGAACUAAACCGAAAGCUACUUAGUUUAGAAAAGAGGUUUUUCCUUGACUAAUUUUGUCUGUGAAUAAGAAUUAUUCCCUUUACUGUGCCUUCUUGUCCAGCACUCACAUAUUUCUUCCAACUUGAAGUGUCUGUUUCUUUCUUCUAUUUGUACCUUCUGCUAAAUAUUCUUAGGGCUUCUUUGAUGCAAAGAGCAUUUUUGAAUAUUGAAAUUUCACAUUUUUACAUGUUUCUAGCAAGGUAAAUCUUAUUCCUGAAGAAAGUUAAUUUAAUUUAGUGUUACCUAUUGAGUAGACCCAUGUCCAAGUUCUUUUCAAGUCUGUAGGACUGCUUAGUCAUGAGAAGUAAAACGUGUGAACGUUUUCAGGAUUGGAGUCUGUAUUGUGUCACUGAAAUCAGCUAGAAAAGGGUACAGCUGACUGUACAGAAAUGUCAGCUGUAAGUGGGAAGAUAAGCAUUAAUUGCUCAUUGAAUGUAACCACAAUCUUCACCUUUUUUCUUCUUCUCCCCAACUUUAAAAAAAGACAUGGAUUGGGAAUCCAAAGAGAAAAUGUGAGGGUCUUACAGAUUAUUAGAAGGUUCAUAUCAAGAUUUUGGGUUACUUGGGAAAACUUGUAUGUCUCAGUGCCAUGACCGCUGCUUUAAGUACGCAAGGAUUGAGGAUUACAGAGUUAACUCCAAUUAAGGAACAGAUGCCUCACGCCAGGAACUUAUUAAAAGUCUUAUUCUUAGAAGUAACUGACAGUAGUUAUUUGCUUAUCAUCAGAGAUGCUUAUCUAACUGGACAUCCAUUUUGUUCCCUUGUACAUCUGCCUGCUUCCCUACCUGUUUUAUUGGUGAACUGUGGAAUGUUACUGGACAUUAACCCACAUGAAAUACUUGGUCACUGUUAAGUUAUUUACAAGAGCAAGUAGGAGUACAUCUGUGAAACUUAAGGAGUUUAUUGUUGUAUUCUGCAGAUGUUUGGGGUUUUUUUUCACCCAGGUUGAGUUGUUCUUGCCAAAGGACAAACCUUCUCAUGGCUGGACUUGAACUCUUCAGGCAAGAUAUUUUUAGUGACAUUAAUGCCUUUAUUUUCCUCAGCAUAUGGCAAACACAAAUACUAGUCAUCAAUGCAUUCUACAGAAAUUAAUUUAGAAGUGCAGGAUACUACUCUUCUGGGGGCGGGGAGGGAACCCCAUGUUUUCUCCUCAUCCAUUUCUGCACGGCUCAGUUCUGAGUCUUUCACUAGUUGUUCACCUCAAAAUAGCAGCUUGCUACUCACUUCCUAUGUAGGCAGGCAUCUUCCACAGCUUCUUCUAAAUUAUUGUUAGCAGAAAUGCCCCUCGUUCCAGGGAUGCAGAAAUUUCAGAAAAUAAAAUAUACUGUGUGUAUUUUGUGUCCAUCUAUUCUGAUCUUUCAUUCUGUCAUGGCUCUCCAUGUCACUUUUCAAGGGGCAUGGGGAGUACCACAAAACGUCAUCGUUUGUGUACACCUGCAGAGUACAUGUAUAGCGUUGUGAAGGAGUCAGCUAUGAAAAUGUGACUUGUGUGGUACCAAUGAGUAACAUUUUUCUUCCCCUUUUAGCUUAGUGAACUGAGAUUGUGUUGUUUUAAGAACUCUCAGGACUGUCUUCCAGCUUUAUCGAUAAAAUAUUCUAUGAUAAUGUACAGCGCUCAUUAUGAGUCUGGUUUGGUACAAAAAAACCAUUCUCUCUUAAUGAUUAGUGUUUGCACAUGCAGGUGAGAUUCAGAAUUUUCAUCUCUAGCAUCUUUACAUGAAAAUACUUAGAUAGGGAUGUAAACUGAUUGAGACCUCACUGAUUCUUGCAGCUUACUAAAUAACUCUAUUACAAAACUAACAGGAUAUGGACAGUUUUUCCUGGCCGCAGGUGAUGAAUAAAUUCAAUGAAUAAGGUCUGUGCAGUAUUUAGUUUAUCUCAAGUCUCAGGAAAGAGCUUUUCAAACUCAGAGCUUCAGUAGGGCUUGUGCACCAGCAUAUAAGCACGCUUCCUGGCUAAGAAUACUUCCCUCCCAUGAAGGUUGCGUCAUAUUUUAAGAACUCAUCAAAUGUAAAUCUUGUUUCAUAGCUGAGUUGUAGUGUUCAGAUUUAUGUCAUCUUCAAAGUAUCUGACUGCUGGCUAAUUUAGGACAGACAAUGUUACGCUCUCUAGGAACCAGCUGCUGGGAUCAAGAAUGACUACAUCAGCAGCAAGCGUGGAAAAAAAAUUGAUGGCUCUAGACAACUUGUGUAAGAAAGAGAAAUUAAAUAUUCAUGAUUCUUAGGGUGGAGGGAGAACAUCAAAAUAAAAACGACUGGACUUGAAGAAGGGAGAUUUCACAAAAUUGAUAGGUAAGAUCUCACAGAAGACCGGUCUGAGGUAAGAGAGGAACUGAGGAGAUAAGACAGUUCCUUGGAGAUGGGAAGGUCAUGACUGAAGGUACAUCCCAGUGCAGGUGACGGAGACUAGCUGUAAUAAGAGACCAACACAGUUAAAACGAAUCUCAUUGACUUCAAACACAAGGAGGGGAGACCUAAAGAAGGUGGAAGUUCAGAUACCACCAAAGAAUAGUGUUAACAGAUAGGCGUGGAAGUAGAUGAGAUACAACUGUCAACUGACACAGAAAAAAUACAUAAGUAGUAACUAAGAUUUGUGCUAAAAAAAGUCCUGACUAUUUAAAAGAGGAUGGCUAUUGACAUAUCAAGAGGUUGUGUGUUUGGUUCAGAUUUGCAAUUUGUGUGUUGAAUUUUUUGGUUUGUUACAGUGAUGACUGAUCGAAAAAGUCAAAAAUCAACAGCCAGUGUAUUGCUCGUGCAAUUGUUAUGAGUGACAGAGGUUGAAGAAGCUUACCUAGGAAAAGGAAAACAUAAAAAAAAAAA